CUGAGCCCAGGCCGCGGGCCGCCGAGGACCCAGCGAGGGCUGCGCGGUAAACUGUCGCCGUUGUCACUCCGGACGCGGAAAGAAUUCAGCUUCCUACCCAAGCAAAAUGAGGAUUUUUUUGGUAGAACCUGCCAUCUGCCUUAGUGCAUUUGCUACGACUUUGAGCAGUCCACUGGUAACACAAUAUGUGUACAGGAGGAUAUGGGAAGAAACAGGCAACUACAGUUUUGCAUCUGAUAGCAAUAUUUCUGAGUGUGAAAAAAACAAAAGCAGCCCAAUUUUUGCAUUCCAGGAGGAAGUUCAGAAAAAAGUGUCUCUUUUUAAUCUGCAGAUGGACAUAAGUGGGUUAAUUCCUGGUCUAGUGUCUACGUUCAUACUUCUGUCUCAUAGUGAUCAGCAAGGACGAAAAUUCCCUUUGAUUUUAUCUUCUGUUGGUGCCCUUGCAACCAGUGUUUGGCUCUGUUUGCUUUCCUAUUUUGCCUUUCCAUUCCAGCUUUUGAUUGCAUCUACCUUUAUUGGUGCACUUUGUGGCAAUUAUACCACAUUUUUUGGAGCCUGUUUUGCCUACAUAGUUGAUCAAUGUAAAGAACAGAAACAAAGAACAAUUCGAAUAGCUAUAAUUGACUUUAUACUUGGACUUGUUACUGGAUUAACAGGACUGUCUUCUGGCUAUUUUAUUAGAGAACUAGGCUUUGUAUGGUCGUUUUUAAUUAUUACUAUGACUCUUACUGUUAACUUGAUUUAUAUUUUAUUUUUUCUUGGUGAUUCAAUGAAAGAGUCUUCAUCUCAGAAUGUUUCCAUAUCAUGUAGUGAAAGUUUUAAAAACCUAUUUUACCGAGCUUACAUGCUUUUCAAAAAUGCUUCUGGUGAACGACGGUGUUUGCUCUGUUUGUUACUUUUUACAACGAUCACUUAUUUUUUUGUGGUAAUUGGCACUUCUCCCAUUUUUAUCCUUUAUGAAUUGGAUUCACCACUCUGCUGGAAUGAAGUUUAUAUAGGUUAUGGAUCAGCUUUGGGUAGUAUCUCUUUUUUGACUAGUUUCCUAGGAAUAUGGCUUUUUUCUUACUGUAUGGAAGAUAUUCACAUGGCCUUCAUUGGAAUUUUUACCACCAUGGCGGGAAUGGCUAUGACUGCUUUUGCCAGAACAACAUUGAUGAUGCUUUUAGUCAGGCUGCCGUUCCUUUUCACUAUUGUGCCACUCUCUGUUCUACGGUCCAUGAUGUCAAAAGUGGUUCAUUCUACUGAACAAGGUACCCUGUUUGCUUGUGUUGCUUUCUUAGAAACACUUGGUGGAGUCACUGCAGUUUCCACUUUUAAUGGAAUUUAUUCAGCCACUGUUGCUUGGUACCCAGGCUUCACCUUUCUGCUGUCUGCUGUUCUGUUACUAAUUCCAGCUGUCAGUCUAUGUGUUGUCAAGUGCACCAGCUGGAAUGAAGAAGGCUAUGUACUUUGUAUACAAGAAGAAUCCAGUGAAGACACUUCUGACAGUUGAUUGAUUGUGAUUUUAAAAAGC